AUGUAUAGACCCUCGCCUGUUCGAAACCCGAGGGCAAAAGGAAUCAAAUCCAAAAAUGUCCUGCAAAUUUGUUUGUUACUCGCUGUUUGCUUCUGGUUGAUCUUCCAAGUGAAACGAUCCCAUGAAAAGAAGAAAGAGUUUGAUAACACAAAAAUCUCGUUAAGCACCAGUAAACAAAGUAAUAAUGAAAUCGCUAAACUUGGAAGAAAAGAUCUCCAACCUAAAUUAGAAAAGAUCGAAGCGGAAGCUGAAACGCAAAUUGAACAAGAUGAAGAAAAGAUCGAUGAGGGAAAAGAGGAUGAAAUCGAUGAAAACGAACAAGAAAAGUCAGAAGCGGAAGAAAAUCAAGAAAUAGAAGAAGUCAUAGAUGAAGAAAGUCAAAGUCAAACUGAAACUGAAACUGAAACUGGUGAUUCUGUAGAAGAUCAUGAAGAUGAAGAAGAAGAAGAAAAUGGAGGUUCAACACAUACACAUGAAGGACGUGAAGAACACUACAAAGCAGAUGAUGCUUCUAGUGCAGUAGUUACUCAUCUUUCUACUGAAAAUACAACAAAUGAAGAAAUCUCAAAUGGUGAAACUUUCAAUAAUGGAACUUCAUUGAUAGAUCCCCAUGAAAAUGGACCUCCUUCAAGCACCAAAAUCAUGGAUUCUGAUUCUACAGAAGCUGUAAAUGUCACAGUGGAGGGAUUUGCUCCUAAUUCAAGUUAUGUGAAGAAUGAUGAGUUGAAAAGUAGAAAUGAAGUUGAAAGUGAUGAAGAUGAAGGUGAAAGUGAGAAUUUGGAGGGUAAUGAUGUAAUUUUGGAUCCAGAUGAAGUGGAAAAUGAGACACAUUUAGAAGAGAAAGAGGUACGGAUGGAUUUAGACACGUUGCCUGAGAUUGAAACAGAAGGUGGAAACAGUGAAGAUACUGCUGCAGAAAGAAGAUAA